AUGCUUAGUGGGCCUGAUCCAAGCCGAAAAUCCACUCGCCUUUGUUGCCCCCAAAACCUUUCUUUCUGCUUCUCCCAUCCAUCGCUUCUGGAAUCUCGUCAUAGUUCUUUCAGUUGCCAUAUACCCUCUCUCUUUACCUCUCAGACACUACAAGAAGCCAUGAAGGUGCGGUCAUCUGUGAAGAAGAUGUGUGAAUUUUGUCAGAUAGUUAAGCGCCGGGGACGAAUCUAUGUGAUUUGCUCUGGGAACCCUAAGCACAAGCAACGACAGGGCAUGGCAACAUUUGCAAGUGAAGGCCCAUCUCGACCAGUGACCUCGGAAACAAGUAGCUGGAAGAUGGGGAUAAAGCCUGCUCAAAUUGCGCGACCAGGUCUGAUUUCUAAUACCCCUCAAAGGCACAGCUUGUCUAUGUUGUAUGGAUGGAGGGUGGGAUUGGCCUCUAUUCUGUCUAUGAAGUAGCAAAAAUAAUUAGUAACCUCGAACAUUACGAGUAAUAAGUGCGAAGAGAUUGAUAAUCAACGGUUAUGGAUUGAGGCCUCCAUCUUGCUCUUGCCUUUCUUUGUAUUGGUUGAUGAAGAUUUUUUCAAACUUUUUUUUUGUUUUGUGUGAUAUUUGAUUUACAUCACUCGGGGAUUUUGUUUCUCCGUUAAAAAUAUGGUCAACAGAUUGUAACCUCGUAGUAGAUUUGGUGUUCACUGUUAAGUGAAUCAGCGGAGCACAAUCGGUAGCGCCCUCCUCCUUAUUAUCUAUCACUUGACCAAAAGAUGAGAAUUUUUUGCAACGUAUUAUAAUCUAUUAUAUCUAUAUAUUACGCAGCUUUUGCUACCAA